UCUAUAAAUACCUUUCCCCCAAUCUCCCAGUUCUUACCCCAUCACCGUCUCCUCCUCCUCCCCUCCACCGCGUACGUAUUUGCCAACCACUCACCCGUCAAUCUUCAAUGGCAUCCAACCAGAUUUUUAACGUAACCGCCAAGUCUCCCUCGGCUGCGCAGCCGCACUCGCCGUGGCAUUCCCCGGUUCCCUACCUGUUUGGUGGGUUGGCAGCCAUGUUGGGUCUCAUUGCUUUUGCUCUGCUAAUCCUUGCAUGCUCCUAUUGGAGACUUUCCGGGUACCUCGAGGGAGACGGCGCCGCAGAGAGAGACCUCGAGGCGGGCGAGGGGAAGAGUGAUGAUGAUACCCAGAAAACCCCACCUGUGUUUGAAGAGAAAAUAUUGGUGAUUAUGGCUGGUGAAGUGAAGCCAACGUUCUUGGCUACGCCCAUGUCCAGUCGGUCGUCUUCUUUCGGGGAUAGUAGUUGUAGCAGUUGUGGUAGCGAAAAGAGCGAGAAGGCGGUGGAAAUGUCCGAGAAGGCGAAACAGCAAGAUGGUGGCGGUCAUGAUGUUCAAGAACCACAGAGUGAGAACAGCGAGGUCCAUCACGAGACUUCAGCUGUCCAGACCCAUUGAUUUCUUUCUUUUUGCAUCCUGUAUUGGGUUUGGAAAAUAGAUGUGUUUAGUACUUGUGGGAGCUCAUGAGGUUGCAAGUUUUUGUUCGGGGUCAUUGUCGGAGUACUACUGUCUGUGUAAGAGCUUGCAUGUUAGAUCGGUGUGGGUUAUUCUUGGACAUGUACUUCCUUUUUCUACCCCUUCUUUUCUCUUCGGGAAAUGUAAAUUUAUUUGAGAUUAGAAUGGAAGCAGCACCUCUUCUUCACAAA